ACCCCACCCCCGCGUCAUACCUAACCAGAACUUUGUGAACUCGAUUGACUCAAUCUUGCAAUACCAACAACCACCACAAUGGACGCAGAAAAGUUUACAUCUCAUAACAAAAACUUCCCCAAGAAGAAGUGCGGUGUGCUCGGCGCGACUGGCUCCGUCGGCCAGCGCUUCAUCCUUCUUCUUGCGCUACACCCACACUUCGAGCUACACGCCGUUGGAGCCUCUGAGCGAUCAGCCGGCAAGAAAUACAAGGAUGCGGUCAAGUGGAAGCAGGCGCUGCCUUUCUCGGAGCGCAUUGGAGAGCUGGUGGUGAAGAAGUGCACACCUGAAGAGUUCAAGGACUGUGACAUGGUCUUCUCUGGUCUCGACAGCGAUGUUGCCGGAGACGUUGAAAUGGCCUUCCUCAAGUCCGAACUCGCCGUCUUCUCCAACGCAAAGAACUACCGCCGCGACCCUCUCGUGCCGCUCGUCGUACCCACCGUAAACCUGCCCCAUCUCGACGUCAUCAAGCACCAACGACAACACCACAAGCUAGAGAAGGGUUUCCUCGUCUGCAACUCCAACUGCGCAGUCAUCGGUCUCGUCAUACCCUUCGCCGCGCUACAAGCCAAGUUUGGCCCCAUAGACCAAGUCUCAGUCGUCACAAUGCAGGCCGUGUCGGGCGCUGGCUACCCCGGUGUAAGCAGCAUGGACAUCAUCGACAACGUCGUGCCUUUCAUAUCAGGCGAGGAAGACAAGCUCGAGACAGAAGCAUCCAAGAUCCUGGGUAGCGUCAACGACGAUAUCACAGGAUUCGUAGACCAGCCUAUGAAGGUAUCCGCAGCAUGCAACCGCGUGCCAGUACUAGACGGCCACACUGCAUGCGUAUCGCUACGCUUCCAACGUCGGCCGCCACCAAGUGCGGAAGAGGUCAAGCAGGCAAUGCGCGAGUACGUGUCUGAUGCACAGAAGCUGGGUUGCCCGUCUGCGCCUGAGAAGGCGAUUGUGGUCAUGGAGGAGGCAGAUAGGCCACAACCAAGACUGGACAGGGAGACGGAUAGGGGGUACGCGGUUAGCGUGGGUAGGAUAAGAGAGGAUGAGGCGGGCAUCUUUGAUCUCAAGUUUGUUGCAUUGAGCCACAACACUGUCAUUGGAGCGGCGGGAUCGUCGAUAUUGAACGCGGAGGCGGCAGUGCUGAAGGGCUAUGCUUAGGGAUGAGAUUAGAAAUGUGGCCUAUAUGCAAGAAAACGAUCAAUUGCACACGUUUACAUUUGGAGACAGUCUGGUGAUUGAGUUCUCGAUCAUGGUGAUGUGAGACGAGUCUGUCAUGGCGUUGUUCAAAUCCGCAAUGACCAGCGCCUGGCUACGUGACCAUGGGACGUUGCUAGAUUGCGGCCCAGUAAGAAUUUCUCGACAUUCUAUAUUCCCUUGCGUUGGACGAAUUCUUUGAUGAUGGCAUCUCGAUCGAGGGGAAAACUAGACAUCCUGUAGCAUACAUCGACGCCAGAUUUUCCGAUUUGAACGCUUCAUCCUGGUGCAGUCUGCAGACCUAUUUAGUUUUUCCUUGUAUA